UUUUCACCCGGAAGAGGAUGGUUUUUGGUUGCGCGCCGUGUGUCCGCUCACCCUUCGGCCGAAACAAAGUGAGCCCAAAAUGUCCCACAAGUUCAGCAGCAGUUUCACACAGAAACUAGUGCGUUCUUCUGCGAUGACGGCCUCCACCCCGAAGGGUCUGAGGCCAAGUGUACCAACAGAAUCCCCUUUCAUGGUCUUUUCCACACCCACUAAAGUGGUGUCAGAGCGCGGGGCCAUGGUGGAGUACUUGGGGGCCAACAAGGUGCCCGGCUUGCAGAGGAUAUUCCAGCCCCUGCAGACGCCAGAUGGCCGCCCCGUUCACAUGAAGCGUGGCGUUCCUGAAAAGCUGCUGUACCGCACCAACAUGGCGCUGACCGUCGGGGGGGUUCUUUGCUGCCUGGUGGCUCUUUACAUGGCAGCCCAGCCCAGAAACAAGUGACCCGCGCCAACCCUCACUUGACACUUUAAUUCACAGCCACGUCUCCACCAAGCCGUUCAAAAAACAAAAGUUUCUAUUGCACAACCAAUGUCGCAACAGCGGUAAAGAGAAGCUUAGCUACCAUUCUUAGCGCUGAUGAGUUUUUUUGUAAAUAACAGUACGACAAAUCUAACACAUGACGUUUGCGCCUGACAGCUGAGAACAUUUUAGGUCAAGAAACCAAUCUUGACACUUCAAAACAGAGCAUACUUGCCAACCCUACUUCCGUAUCUCAAUCUCAAUUUGUCCCGAUUUCCACCCUCACAGCCAUAUUUGGGGCGUGCCUUAAAGGCACUGCCUUUAGCGUCCUCUACAACCUGUCGUCACGUCCGCUUUUCCUCCGUGCGAACAGCGUGCCAACCCAGCCACUUAAUAUACCGUAUUUCCUUGAAUAGCCGCCGGGCAUGUAAUAUGCGCCUGCCUUGAAUUACUGCCGGGUCAAACUCGCUCCCCUGUCGUCAUUUCCAAAAUUGUGGAGGAUAAUUUUUGGCUUUUACUAUGUAAACCAGGGGUCUUGUUCCACAGCCAUACAGAUCACACUGAUGGUUGUGAUAUAAAACAACUUGUCUUUAACACCCUUACUAAUAUGCGCCACACUCUGUGAACCCACACCAAACACAUUUCUGGAGAACAUUGGCUCUGUGACACAUUGUAAACGCAACAUAAGAAUUACCCAGAAUUCCAAUGCAUCCAUGACUCUUGGCUAUAUUAUACACCCCGCUAGCACCAAACCCCUCCCUCUCUCCGUGCGCCGGUUAAAGUGGCAAGGUUGGGGGCGCGUGUAUAAUAUAGCCAAGAGUCAUGGAUGCAUUGGAAUUCUGGGUAAUUCUCAUGUUGCGUUUAUAAUGUGUUACAGAGCCAAUGUUCUCCAGAAAUGUGUUUGGUAUGGGUUCACAGAGUGUGGCGCAUAUUAGUAAGGGUGUUAAAGUUGUUUAUAUCACAACCAUCAGUAUAAAAGGUAUGGCUGUUGACCAAGUAUGCAUUGCAAUCUCGUAUGAGAAGCAGCGAUAUGCAUGCGUCCGACCGGAACGCAGAUAGCAUGGUGUAAGGGUGGGCGCGAUGACAUGUUGUAAAGCAGUGGUAACCAACCACUGGGCCGCGGCCGCAGAAUUUUUUUUAUUUAGAAUUUUUUUUUUUAUAUCACACUCAAUUUUUUACUGCAUUGAUUGAUUGAUUGAUACUUUUAUUAGUAGAUUGCACAGUUCAGUAAAUAUUCCGUACAAUUGACCACUAAAUGGUUACACCCGGAUAAGUUUUUCAACUUGUUUAAGUCAGGGUCCACGUUAAUCAAUUCAUGGUAUUGGUAAGCGCAGGGGUGAGAAGAGGUUCUAAAUUAAUUAGCGCCCCGCGGGUAUUCAAGGAAAUACGGUAUGCGGUUUCAACACACACUUGAGUAAAUGGAAGUCAUACUUGGUCAACAGCCAUCCAGGUCACACUGAGGGUGGCCGUGUAAAAAACUUUUAACACUGUUACAAAAAUGCGCCACACCAAAAGAGAAUGACAAACACAUUUCGGGAGAACAUCUGCACCGUAACACAACAUAAACACAACGGAACAAAUACCCAGAAGCCCUUGCAGCACUAACUAUUCCGGGAUGCUACAAUAUACACCCCCGCUACCACCAAACCCCGCCCACCUCAACCCCCUUUCCCCACCUCUCUCCCGAAUUCGGAGGUCUCAAGGUUGGCAAGUAUGGGCUAGAUAUCACCAUGGUGGACUAAGCCAAAGUACUUUGAGUUUGGAGUGACGGCGUGUUAUCCGGCGGUGUAGCAGACUGCUUGGACCGGAACGGCUAAUGCUGGCGGCUAGCCGACAGCCGGAGCGACGCUAGUUAGCCGGUGCUGCUAACGUGUCGCCCUGCAGCACACACGGGGGAAGGAGACACGGAAAGCGGGGGAGUCUCCGGCGUUGGCGCCUGUAAGCGGACGAGGACCCGGCCUUGACGACCACCAGGAGCUACCGAAGAGGCCCGCUGUUCCCGUGCAUCCUCUCAUCUCCGGGUGACGCCAGCAGGACAGCAGGGGAGAGGCCCGGCUGGCAGCUGGCAGCGACGACACCACCACCUCGACACCUCGCGGCAGCGGGACAGCAGCGGGACGACAAGGCCCGGCUAGCGGCCAGCAGCGGCGUCAGACCACAUCCACCCGGACCGGACAGCAGCCAAAAUCAACAUGAGGCCAAUGAAGGUGCUCUCUCCUGAUGAAGGUGAGGAGAUACUGAAUUUUUGACAACAGAAGUAUCAGCUAUCAAGCAAUACCAACAGACAAUAAUGCAGCUGGUGGAGGAAGUGCAAACUCUACGCGUCGAGAAUGACGCUAAAGACUUACAAAUAGAACAAUUAACAGAACUGAGUGGACGAGCUAGUACAAUAAAAAAGAAUGAACAACA